GGCGCGUUAAGGAUGUGACGUAAGGACGCGAAAGCGGAAGUAAAGCGCGUGCUGCAGGCGAAGACAACCCGGGAAAUUUCGCCUUAAAUCCAUGAUGUCAUCAGGUGAGGAUGUUUCUCCGCCCACACACUCUCAUUACGUUGGUCAGAGUGAUGAGAUCAUCAGGGCGGGCCGUGUAGUGACCAGUGUGGAUGGCAGGGACGUGCUUGUCCUUCACCACCAGGGAGCGCUGCACGCUCUGGACGCACGCUGUUACCAUGCUGGAGGUCCUCUACAGAACGGAUACAUUGAGGAGAUUGCAGGACAUGUGUGUAUUGUGUGUCCAUGGCAUAAAUAUAAGAUCAGUGUGUGUGAUGGUGAAGGUUUUUAUCAGGCUGUGGAUCCUACGGUGAAGCCUCUGAAACCACGCUGGUGCUCUAAAGGGGUCAAACAGAGAGUUCACAAGGUCACAGAGGUCAGAGGUCACGUAUACAUUACCCUCAGCACCUCACCUGAGCACCUGGAAUCCGACCGGUACCAGACACCAAAGUACAGGGACACCCUACACAGGAACCAGAAUUGACAUCACAGGAAAUGGUUUGCAGUUUUACACUGGCUUCCUGUUUGUCUCACGAGGUUAAAGGUCAUAAAGAUAAACUAAGCUCUGUGUAACUCUGUACUCUGAACAUGAAGGUGCCUUCAAUGCAAUGAAGUGGAUGGAAUCUGUUGCUUUCCUUUGUACGUUAUCUCUACUUUACUUUGGUAUUACCAUUCUGUAGAGUUUCUACUUUUACACUAGUACAGGGGAACCUUGGAUUACGAGCACAAUUCAUACCAGAAGCGGCUCAUAUUCAAAAACACUCAUAAACUAAUUUUUUUUCCCAUAAGAAAUAAUGUAAACACAAAUUAUUCGUUUCACAGCCCCCCCCAAAAAAAAUUAUAAAUUAACCAGCACUUAAAAAACAGUAAAAAUAAAUCCAGACAGAUAAGUGUUUCCGUUUGUGUGCGCAGGCGCUGUGUGUGUGUGUGUGUGUGUGUGUGUGUGUGUCUGAGUGAAUCUAAAGUAAGCUCCCCCUCCCCCUUCUUGUCUUACACAGUUACACUUUCUUCACUCUUUUUACACACACAAUAGAAACACUUUUAUUGUAAAAAUAAACAAGAAAUCUCUCUAAUGACACUCGAUUGAGCGACACACUAACGUAAUCACUGCUGUAAAGUAAAAAUAAAACUAAUGAACCUGCACUUUACCUUUGAAAAGAAUCACGACAGAGCAGAGAGAAAGAGAGAGUGUGUGUGUGUGUGUCUGGAAGGGUAGAAGGGGUCUGUGCGUGUGCCAGUGUGUGUGUGUGUGUGUGUGUGUGUGUAUGUGGGGCACGGUGUCAUAGAUGAUACGCACACAGACACAAAGACCAGGCUGAUACAGAGAGAGAAAAUGGGUCUUUAACCUCUCCAAUAAGACUUGCUUUUGCUUUAAUACGCUCGCUGUACACACACACACAUACACACACAAAAUAAAAUAUGUUUUACACACACACACACACACACACGGUUACAGUGUUAUAGUAAACAGUACACGCGUGCACAGAUGUUGAUUAUACCAGUAAGAGACGAGCACUAAGACCCGGAGGGGAGACGAUUACCCACAAUUCCGCCGCACAAGAGAGAGAAAACCAUUGGCUCAGUUGUGAUCACAUGAUGCUCGGCGUCAAAACAAGAAGCAUGAUACAUGAUACUUGGUACUCAUAAAACAAGACUUGUUCGUUUUCCAAGUCAAAAUUUAUAAAAAAUCUUUGCUCGUCUUGCGGAACACUCGCAAACCGCGCUACUCGCAAUCCGAGGUUUCACUGUAUAUAUUAAACUUUCUCCUCCACAUUUCUCAUUCUCUUCUUUCUUAUGAGUUGUGAGAAACAGUGUCUAAGUUAAAAUGUCCAGCAUGCAAUCUAAUUUGGCUGAUUUGCUUUGAUCUGUUAGUUUACAUAGUUUUACAUAUUUAUAUAGUUUUAUAUGUGUUUACCUCCCACACACACUGGACACCUGAGCACCUGGAAUCCGACCAGUACCAGACAUCAAAGUACAGGGACACCCUACACAGGAACCGGAAGUGACAUCACAGGAAAUGGUUUGCAGUUUUACACUGGUUUCCUGUUUGUCUCACGAGGUUAAAGGUCAUAAAGAUAAACUCAGCUCUCACAGGAACUGAAUGGUGAACAUAAAAGAAGCACAGAAAACACAAGCUGCGUUCCAUCCCGAAGUGUACUUCACAGCGUGCUCCCUACUCACUACUCCCUGUACAGUUACACCUGUCACGGCUGCUGUGGAAUUCACACUUCACAUUAAGUAUUGAAUAUUUAUUGAAACAAAGACUGCUUUCAUUAUAUAACAUGUACUACUGAAAUGUGUAU